CAAAGCAUGUUUUGAUCUGUAUCGAGUUUGACAGAUAUUUUAACCUUUAAAAUUUCGAAUUUUGAUACUUGAUAAUUUGUUUUACAAGACAGACUGCCGCAUUUUUCUGCUGAGUUCUUUCGUUUCGCGUUGAAUAAGUUCAUUUUUACUAAGAUUUGGGAUGAGGAGAUAUUCUAAAUAAAUACUGAAGUUUUACGUUGAAACAACGGUCAUAAUUAUAAGUCUGGUUGAAGACACAUUUCCAUUUGAAGGAAGAUUAUUCUUGCUUUUACAUACAGACUUUGCAUCAAGAAUUGAAAAAAUAUGCGAAUUGUACGAAAUAGAACAUUAGAGAGAUAAUAAUAUUAAGCAAGAGAUCUGCUCUGACAAUAGGUGUGGUAGAAAGCUCUUCCAAAACUCUAACUGGAAGGAUCAACAAAAAAUGAAAAGCAUUUCUUAUAUGUGUACAUAAAUAUAUUUUUAUCGUGAUUAUAUCGCGACAAUUUAAAAAAAUAUGACGAAACAUUGUGAGGUACUUAAUUGUCCAAAUCGGAAUAAAAGAAAAGACAAGAUUCAUGUGUUUAGUUUUCCGCAAGUAGAAAGCAUAGCAGCUAAAUGGAUUGAAGCAACCGGACGGAAAAAAUUUAUACCUAACAAAUACAGUGCAAUUUGCGAUAUCCAUUUUAAAUCAGAAGAUUUUAGCGACACUACAAGAAGAGUACGUUUAAAACCAGAUGUAGUACCUACUAAAAAUUUAAUAAACAAUUGUACAAGUACAGAAAGAGUGAAAACAAUUAUAAGUGAAAUAAGAAAGCAAAUAAGUUCAAAUGAAGAAGAGAUAGAAAUCAAAUUUAUUCCAAAGUUAGAAGAAGAUGAAAUACAAAAUUCUAUAUGUAAGCUAGACAGAGACGAAACAAAUACAAUUAAAACAUUGAAGCGGAAUGAUGUACUCACAUUUCAAGAGAUGAAGAUGAAAAUCCAAAAAUUGGAAAAGAAAAAUGAAGAAUUAAUAAAUAAAUUGCAAUCUUUACAAAUAAAUUUAGAAGAAAAAAUACAAGUUCAAGCAAAUGGUUUCGAAAAAAAAUUACAAUGUCAAACAGCAAGGUUGAAACGUAUUAUUGAAGAACAAAGAAAAAAAUUCAAAAAAAAAUUAGUUUCAAAAGACAAACAAUUAAAAAUAUUAAGAAUUGCCGUAAGACGAAAAAAUAAUCAUAUAAAAAAUUUACUAUUAAAUAUUGUUAAAAUCAAGAAAAUGUUAACUGAAACAUCAUAUAAUACUUUAAAAUAUGAUUUUGAAGAAUCAUCUUUCUUAGUAAAAAAUGAAACACAAAAUAAAUCACCUCAUAGACCGGUACUCAUAGUCGAUUAUAUUUUAGACCAUCUUAAGUGCAAUCCUAAGAUAUCAAAAGCCAAUUAGAAGGGAGUAAUAGCACCUUAAGACAUUACUUAAGAUGAUUAAAAUAAGAACAGACUAUGAAUAACGGUCUAUGUAACCGGACACGACAACCACUUGUUUAAAAUGUAAAAUUAUUGCGCAUAUUUGACACAAUUUUUAAUUUUUAACAAAUAACGCUAAUUUCAUUAUGUGCAUUG